AUGACUGUAAAGCUGGCGCCCACUUGGACAGCUUUCCUUCCUUUGUUUGUCAUCCCCACACUCCCACGGUGUCCCUCGCUCUCCCACGGUGUCCCUCGCUCUCCCACGGUGUCCCUCGCUCUCCCUCGCUCUCCCACGGUGUCCCUCUCUCCUCCACGGUGUCCCUCGCUCUCCCACGGUGUCCCUCGCUCUCCCACGGUGUCCCUCGGUGUCCCUCUCCCACGGUGUCCCUCGCUCUCCCACGGUGUCCCUCGCUCUCCACGGUGUCCCUCGCUCUCCCACGGUGUCCCUCGCUCUCCCACGGUGUCCCUCGCUCUCCCACGGUGUCCCUCGCUCUCCCACGGUGUCCCUCGCUCUCCCACGGUGUCCCUUCGCUCUCCCACGGUGUCCUCGCUCUCCCACGGUGUCCCUCGCUCUCCCACGGUGUCCCUCGCUCUCCCACGGUGUCCCUCGCUCUCCCACGGUGUCCCUCGCUCUCCCACGGUCCCUCGCUCUCCCACGGUGUCCCUCGCUCUCCCACGGUGUCCCUCGCUCUCCCACGGUGUCCCUCGCUCUCCCACGGUGUCCCUCGCUCUCCCACGGUGUCCCUCGCUCUCCCACGGUGUCCCUCGCUCUCCCACGGUGUCCCUCGCUCUCCCACGGUGUCCCUCGCUCUUUCAUGGUGUCCCUCGCUUUCCCCACGGUGUCCCUCGCUCUCCCAUGGUGUCCCUCGCUCUCCCCACGGUGUCCCUCGCUCUCCCACGGUGUCCCUCGCUCUCCCACGGUGUCCCUCGCUCUCCCACGGUGUCCCUCGCUCUCCCACGGUGUCCCUCGCUCUCCCACGGUGUCCCUCGCUCUCCCACGGUGUCCCUCGCUCUCCCACGGUGUCCCUCGCUCUCCCACGGUGUCCCUCGCUCUCCCACGGUGUCCCUCGCUCUCCCACGGUGUCCCUCGCUCUCCCCACGGUGUCCCUCGCUCUCCCACGGUGUCCCUCGCUCUCCCACGGUGUCCCUCGCUCUCCCACGGUGUACCUCGCUCUCCCCACGUGUCCCUGUCCCUCGCCUCCCACGGUGUCCCUCGCGCUCUCCCUGGUGUCCCUCGCUCUCCCACGGUGUCCCUCGCUCUCCCACGGUGUCCCUCGCUCUCCCACGGUGUCCCUCGCUCUCCCACGGUGUCCCUCGCUCUCCCAUUGUGUCCCCUCGCUCUCCCACGGUGUCCCUCGCCCUCCCAUGGUGUCCCGCGCCCAUCCCACGGUGUCCCACGCUCUCCCACGGUGUCCCACCGCUCUCCCACGGUGUCCCUCGCUCUCCCAUGGUGUCCCUCGCUCUCCCAUGGUGUCCCUCGCCCUCCCAUGGUGUCCCGCGCCCUCCCAUGGUGUCCCUCGCCCUCCCAUGGUGUCCCUCGCUCUCCCAUGGUGUCCCGCGCUCUCCCACGGUGUCCCGCGCCCUCCCACGGUGUCCCUCGCCCUCCCAUGGUGUCCCGCGCCCUCCCAUGGUGUCCCGCGCCCUCCCACGGUGUCCCGCGCCCUCCCACGGUGUCCCGCGCCCUCUCAUGGUGUCCCUCACCCUCCCAUGGUGUCCCGCGCCCUCCCAUUGUGUCCCUCGCCCUCCCAUGGUGUCCCCGCGCCCUCCAAUGGUGUCCGCGCGCCCUCCCAUGAUGUCCCGCGCCAUCCCAUUGUGUCCCUCGCCCUCCCAUGGUGUCCCUUGCCCUCCCAUGAUGUCCCUCGCCCUCCCACGGUGUCCCGCGCCCUCCCACGGUGUCCCUCGCCCUCCCAUGGUGUCCCUCGCCCUCCCAUGA